AUGUCCGUCAUUCAGGUGGAAGACCUGGUCUCGUACCAGCUGCGUGCCAGUUACCUCACUGAAGUAGCCGACGGAGUAGGAGAACGACUCAUCACUCUGAACGAGAACUUUCUAAACUCGGCCCCCUUUAAAGCCGCGGGAUGGCGGACCAACCCCUCCUUGAUCAAGCGAACGCACUCGCCUCCGAUCCCUACUGCUGUCGCAUCCGAAUACUUCCAGGCACCCCGUCAUGUUGGGGUCAACCUUGAGGAUGAGCCCGAAGAAGGCGGGAUGCUAACGGCCGGUGGUAAUGACACUAUGGGUCCAGGAAUUGCGACGAAGCGAAGGCGCCGCCGAGAGCAGAUGGAAGAGGAGGAUAGCAGCGACUUGAGUGACGAGAGUGAUGAUGAGUCGGAACAACGAGCAGCUCAGCAGAUAAAAUUUGCCAAAAUGCCCGUACGGCAUCGCUCCGGCUCCUCUCCGAUACAAUCGUCCAGCCUGCGUCAAGCGACCUCGGCCAGCUCUCCUCGUCCUCCCCCUCGCAGAGGAUCGCAGUCUGCGCUGGAGACGGUCAAAGAAAGGGCAAGGCGAGACACUGUUACAAGCAGUGAAGUCUCAUCGGACAAUGAGCUAGACGUUUCUGGGUACCAGAAGCAGAGGGAUGCCGCCAGGGCUGCUGCCAAGACGGUCAGGAUCCAGACAAAUCUCAACAGGUCGGAGCCAGCGCUGGGGCUAGGCGUCAAGAGGCAAGAGAGCGACCUUCUCGAAGAGGAAGAAGAAGACUCGGAUGCUUCAGACAUGUCGUCUGCCUUCAACGAGAGUCUUGAAUCAGCAUCAAUUCUUGCCGGCGAUAUUGAGAAACAGCUUGCGAACAUGUCACCGUCGCGCCAACUUGUCGGUACUCCGCCCCGCGACUUCAAGAGGCAGUCAACAAUUCGAAAAUCAAUGCCACCUCCCCCACAAAUUGUAGGUGGUGUCCUACCCCCAAGGAGACCGACGAGCACCAUCAGGCCUAUCAGCAUGAUUCAGCCCAGGAGUCUGAUAUCCGAGGCUCUAAAUGUCAAGAAGACGAAACCUGCUGCCCCCUUCGAGAGCUUUGCCACGCUUUCUGGCAAGGGCGAGGCGAGCCCGCUUAUGAUACGCAUCUACGCUCCCUUCUCGAAGAACCCAUCCAAGCCAUAUGAAGUCUUGAUACGAAGAAACGUGCGUGAGGACAAUGCCGGCGACCGCCCUGUCAACGUGGCAGAUCUCAUUGGUCUCGCUCUCUGGCGGUACAACGAUGAAUCGCUCGAACCACCACUCCCAAACGAUAAGCUCAACGUGAACUGGUGGACACUGAAGAUGGUGGAAGAAGGUGGUGAGGUGGACGAUGACUUUCCCCCCUUCGAUCGCACGAAGCCAGUCAUCUCUUUUGCCACGGCGGCCAACAACAAGAAUGAAGGAACGCGACCUACAGCAGUCAUGCCUAGAUUCGGUAGGGGCCGGUCAAACACCAAGAUUCACGAUGACUUCGCUCUUGUGCAGGCCACUGCAGAUGAAUUCGAAUCGAAUAAGGCUCUGACUCCACAGUUCACAGAGGAGUCUGUUGCCGACGAUACAAGUCAGGAAGACAUGUUACAAAGCACUCCUCAACCCAGUACAUCCGUGCUGGCGGCGGCAUCAGCCAGACCGGCAACUGGUCGACUCAACCCAGUACUGACCACUACGUACCGCCCCGACGCCAAUAUGCUUGAUGCCCCACGACCGCAGGUGUCAACGAGCAAUACACAGAGGGGACAGCACAAAUUCCUGCGCAUUCAUAUAAUGACCCCGGACGCACCCCCUGGUCAGAUGGUCACCCUCGAUGUGACGACGGAUAUGUAUAUCGAAGAGGUGCUUGAGCUGGUGUGCCGAAAGCGCAACCUAGACAAGAACUUCCAUAUUCUUAAGAUACCCAAUUCCGGCGCCAUUGCCCUUUUGGAUCGGCCUGUGUCGGCAAUUGGAACGAUGCAAGACUUGGAGCUGCACAGACGUCGCUUCGGCGAUCCCACAUUGAGUCAAUCUCCUGUCAGUCACUCACCGGGGGGCCGCUUGUUGUUCUCCGAGUUGGGCGUUGGCGGUAAGAAGAGCUCAAAGACGAAAGCAGUUCCCCACCCUCUCGCCAAAGAGGCGCUCGCCCAGGAGGAACUCAGCAGGAAUAACAAUUUCCGCCGCUAUGUCGUCUAUCGCAAGCAGACGAUGCGCUUCGCGGGGCUGAAUGAGAGGCUUUUUGCCAUCGAAGGCGAAUAUGUGCACGUCACGCCAUCCUCAGGUGGCAAGCCGCUGGCAGACAGCAGCAGCAAGACGACGACAGUCCAUUUCAGCAAUGUUGUGGGCUGCAACUUGUCCAGGAGACAUCCGUCGCAGUUCAAGUUCGUUAUUCUCCGCGAUGGCGAGUCCAAGCGAUACGACUUUGAGACCAAAAGUGCGGACGAAGCCAACGAAAUUGUUACGGCAAUUAAACAAGGAAUGUCACUGAACCAGUGA